AUGGAUGAAAGGUUCAACAAGUGGCUGCUGACGCCCGUGCUCACGCUCCUCUUCGUGGUCAUCAUGUACCAGUACGUGUCCCCCUCCUGCACCAGCUCCUGCACCAACUUCGGGGACCAGCCCCGCGCCGGGGAGGCCGGCGCGCCCGUCGCCGCCGCCGCCCGGGGAGCCGCCCGCCGGGCACAGGCGCCGCCGGAGGAGUGGGAGCGGCGGCCCCAGCUGCCCCCGCCGCCCCGGGGACCCCCCGAGGGACAGCGGGGGGCCGAGGCGCCCGAGGAUGAGGACGAGGACCCGGGGGACCUGGAGGAGGAGGAGGAGGAAGAGGAGGAGGAGGAAGAGCCGGACCCUGAGGCCCCCGAGAACGGCUUGCUGCCCCGCUUCGUGCCGCGCUUCAACUUCACCCUCAAGGACCUGACCCGCUUCGUGGAUUUCAACAUCAAGGGGCGCGACGUGAUCGUGUUUCUGCACAUCCAGAAGACGGGGGGCACCACGUUCGGCCGGCACCUGGUCAAGAACAUCCGCCUGGAGCAGCCGUGUAGCUGCAAGGCCGGCCAGAAGAAGUGCACCUGCCACCGGCCGGGCAAGAAGGAGACCUGGCUCUUCUCCCGCUUCUCCACCGGCUGGAGUUGCGGGCUGCACGCCGACUGGACGGAGCUCACCAACUGCGUGCCGGCCAUCAUGGAGAAGAAGGACUGUCCCCGCAACCACAGCCACACCAGGAAUUUCUAUUACAUCACGAUGUUGCGGGACCCGGUGUCGCGUUACCUAAGCGAGUGGAAGCACGUCCAGCGAGGGGCCACGUGGAAAACGUCUCUGCACGUGUGCGAUGGGAGAAGCCCCACCCCGGACGAGCUGCCCACCUGCUACCCGGGCGACGACUGGUCCGGGGUGAGCUUGCGGGAGUUCAUGGACUGCAGCUACAACCUGGCCAACAACCGGCAGGUGCGCAUGCUGGCCGACCUGAGCCUGGUGGGCUGCUACAACUUGACUUUCAUGAACGAGAGCGAGCGCAACAGCAUCCUGCUGCAGAGCGCCAAGAGCAACCUGAAGAACAUGGCCUUCUUCGGGCUCACGGAGUUCCAGCGCAAGACGCAGUUUCUGUUCGAGAGGACAUUCAACCUGCAGUUCAUCUCGCCCUUCACGCAGUUCAACAUCACGCGCGCCUCCAACGUGGACAUCAGCGAGGGCGCGCGCAGGCGCAUCGAGGCGCUCAACUUCCUGGACGUGCAGCUCUACGAGUUCGCCAAGGACCUGUUCCAGCAGCGCUACCACCGCACCAAGCAGCUCGCGCACCGCAGGGACCGGCAGCAGCGGCGCGAGCAGCGGCGCCUGCAGCGCGAGCAGCGGGGCCACCGCUGGCCCAAAGAGGACGGGGCUGUCACCGAGGACUACAACAGCCAGGUGGUCAGGUGGUGA